UCUAAGUGUAAAACCUCUGCGUGAUCUUUUUGUCAAUUUUCCGACGAUGCUAAACGGUGGAUUUGGAUUUGGGGUUGUUGAUCAACGGGAUUGGGGAACGGAGUGGCCGCCGCUGGAGGAUUCCCCGCAACUCAAAUAUGGCUUGCUUCAACCCUACUUUCUCAUGGGCAAAUCUCUCGGUACAUACCAGGAUCAUAAAUCUUACAUGCCUGAAUGCAAGGAUUUCUUCCGGCUACUUCGACAGAGCAGGGGAUAUGAUAUUGCCGAUUGUAUCGUUUUUUCGCAAUUAAUUUGAAAUUUCUGCCUGCUAGGGGUAUGAUAUUGUUUCCUGCCCUUCUUUCAUGCUGGAACGGGAAUGGCGCUUGACGAAGACUUUGAGCUGGCUAAUGCUUUUUAUCGAGAUAACUUGAGGGUAAAGAUGGAAGCUAUUGUUAACAAAAUUAAUGCUGAUGCCAAGUGUCAUGGAGAAAUGUACGCGGUGGGCAGUUUUAUAAAUGAUGUGAGGAACAUACCACAUGAGUUGAGCCUUCUAACAUUUACUGUGAAGCAAAUUAAUGGUCGUUUUAAGUUUCUUGAUGUCGUCAAGACUGUCCAAGGGAUGGUAUCAAAACAAAGACGUGGUGUAGUAGAAUAUUUGGUCGAGGAGUGGAGGUUUUUACCUCAACAAGUUGCUGUCCAUUCUGAUGGUGAUGGUGCCGGAGUUAUGUGUAUUGGUGGGGGUUCGUGUUCUGAUUCCGAGUCCCUAAUGGACUGGGAGUGAAGAAGUCUUGAAGGAGCCUAUAAGGUCGAGGAUUGGAGGUUUAAACCAAUGGAUCGGAAGUGAGAAGCGCAACUACAUUUUGUAUGUAGCAUUUAGAAGUAGUCAAUGAGCUCUCCCUUUAGUAGUAGGACUGACUGUGUAUAUGGUUGAUCAUCUUGAAAACCGACUUUUAAUUCUCA